GUUCAUCAUGGCUACCGUAUGUGCUGGUCUGCACAGUAACGCUCUGCUCGGAGACUGACUCUCCGCUCCUUUAGUGCCUCACAUUUACUGUCUCCACCCUCGACAUUUCGGCAAACAAUCCCGCUUGCAUGAGCCCAAACCUCCCUGGUUGUGUUGUCUCAUAAUAACGAGCCUUCAUCAAGCAUUUCGUCGGGCCUUAAACACCCCCCUUAAAAAGACCGAGAGAAAAACAGGCAACAUUUUAUUUCUCCAAUGGUCUGAAUACACUUUCCGCCUUUAUGAACCAUGUGUGAGAACUGCGCCGAGCUGCUGGAGGUGCUCAAUGAGAUCUCGGAUGCAGACAGCUCAGACGGCCUGCAGCUGAAGAAGGAGCAUGCCUUAAGAAUCUUCACUUACAUCAGCACAUGGACACAGAGGCAGUGUCUGUGCUGUUUCAAGGAAUACAAACACCUCGAGGUGUUCAGCCAACUGGUUUAUGCCCUCAUUAACUUGGUCAUUGCCCAAGUAACCAACCUUAGGGACGGUCUACACAGUGGCCAUGACAACACUAGGACUGAGGGGGUGGAGUCUGAAUGGGGCUCCGCCCAGCCACAGCCGUCGCCCAGUGAGGAUGAGCCACUGAAUGUGGAACGGGACUCAGCUGAAGAAGAUGGUGGAGUGGAGGAUGGAGAUCAGCACAAGAACCAAAAUCAGGGGGUCAAACCGGAUCCCCAGCCCAAGCUCAGUGAACCCACGGCGGGUGAGAGCGGGAACGACAGCGGCCUGGACCCGUUUGCAUCCUGGAGCACAGAAGACCAGGAGAAACUGCUGCUGUGCGCUGCCAAGAUCUUUCAGAUCCAGUUCCCCCUGUACACGGCCUACAAACACAACACACACGCCACUAUAGAGGAUAUCUCGGCACAAGAGAGCAAUAUCCUCGGCUCUUUCUGUGAUAUGAAUGAUGUGGAGGUCCCUCUGCACCUGCUGCGAUAUGUGUGUAUGUUCUGCGGGAAGCACGGCCUCUCUCUGAUGAAGGACUGCUUUGAGUUCGGCGCUCCUGACACUCUCCCCUUCCCCAUCGCACAUGCCUUCAUCACCAUCGUCUCUAACAUCAGAAUAUGGUUGCACAUUCCCGCUGUGAUGCAGCACAUCAUCCCUUUUCGCACAUACGUUAUCAGGUAUCUGUGUAAUUUGUCGGAUCAGGAGCUGCGUCAGAGCGCGGCGCGUAACAUGGCCGAUCUGAUGUGGAGCACGGUGAAGGAGCCGCUGGACAGCGCGCUGUGUUUUGACAGAGAGAGUUUGGAUCUGGCCUUCAAAUACUUCAUGAGUCCAACGCUCACCAUGAGACUGGCCGGCCUGAGUCAGAUCACGAAUCAGCUGCACACCUUCAAUGACGUCUGUAAUAACGAGUCCCUGGUGUCUGACACUGAGACGUCGAUAGCAAAGGAACUCGCUGAUUGGCUCAUCAACAACAAUGUUGUAGAGCACAUAUUUGGACCAAAUUUGCACAUUGAGAUCAUUAAACAGUGCCAAGUGAUCCUGAACUUCCUGGCAGCCGAGGGCAGGCUGAGCACUCAACAUGUGGACUGUAUAUGGGCCGCCGCUCAGCUGAAACACUGCAGUCGCUACAUCCAUGACCUGUUCCCCUCGCUCAUAAAGAACCUGGACCCUGUUCCUCUGCGGCACGUGCUCAGUCUGGUGUCAGGGUUACACCCCAGCGCACACACUGAACAGACGCUGUAUUUGGCGUCCAUGCUGAUCAAGGCCUCGUGGAAUAACGCUCUGGCAGCCAAAACUCAGCUGUCCAAACAGAGCUCCUUCGCCUCCCUGCUUAACACCAACAUUCCCAUGGGCAACAAGAAAGGUUCUCCUGCAGGAAGCCCGGAGAGCAGUGACAACAGCGACACGUAUCACAGUGGAGGAAGUGACAUGGAGAUGGACGAGCCAAUCAUGAGCAGUGGAAAACGAGGGCAGCAGAGGCUGUCGGACACGGAGGAGUCUCUGCAGGGCAGUUCAGACGAGACGGCCAACAGCGGCGAGGAGGGCAGCAGCAGCGGCCGCAGCGAGGCGUCCAGCAACGAGGCUGGAUCCAGCCGAGCCAGCCAAUCAGCAGGCAGCCCGGGCAGCGAGCUGCACUCCGACGACAUGGCUGACAGCGAGGCCCUGAAGGAAGAGGAAGAGGAGGAGGAAGAAGAAGAGGAUGACGACGAGGAUGAUGAAGACGACGAUGAGGAUGAUGAAGAUGACAGGCCAGCUGUCGCCUCCGAGGGCAGCCCUCAGAAAGAAACCCGAGACUCCAGAGAGCCGUCUACAUCAGAGCUGCGCAAACGCAAAGCCGGCGAAGCGCUCGGAGAGGUCCAGGGUCCUCCGGAGCGACCCGGCAUUCCCGGCUCCAUCGCCUCCACUCCCGGACUUUCCAAAACCAAAUCCAUUCCCUUCACCCCCGAGGCAGCCGCUGCCAUGGUAGCCUCGUCUUCCCUUAGGAUCCUUGAGCCUUGUUCUUCUUCAUCCAUGUGCCUGGAGGAAACGUCGGGAGAGCAGGCUGAUCCCUCCUCACAUUCCCAAUCCCAGAACCCCCAGCAACCUCAGCAGGGCGGCACAGAGAUGGGCUCCUCACACGGAACGUCUGUUUCCCAGGAGCCACCCUGCAUGCCUCGACCGGCAGACUUCCUGACGGAGGCCAUGGGCAACGAGCUCUUCAACUGCAGGCGUUUCAUCAGCCCUCAGCAUCACCAUCAUCAUCACCACCAUCAUCAUCAUCAUCACCACCACCAUGAUGGUCACAUGGUAGAGGACAUGCUGAGCGCCGAUGACGUGAGCUGCAGCAGUUCCCAAGUCAGCGCCAAAUCUGAGAAGAACAUGGCAGAUUUUGACGGAGAGGAGUCUGGCUGCGAGGAGGAGCUGGUCCAGAUCAACUCGCAUGCUGAGCUCAGCUCGCACCUGCAGCAGCACCUGCCCAACCUGGCCUCCAUAUACCACGAACAUCUGGUGCAAGGUCCAGCUGUGCACAAACAUCAGUACUCUUCACACGCGGUGACUGACAUCAACCUGGACAACGUCUGCAAGAAAGGAAACACCCUUCUGUGGGACCUGGUCCAGGACGACAGUGCGAUCCACCUGUCGGAAGGCUUGAUCAAUGAGGCAGAGAAGCUGUUGUGUUCUCUGGUCUGCUGGUUCACUGACCGUCAGAUCCGCAUGCGUUUCAUCGAUGGCUGUCUGGAGAACCUCGCCAACCACCGGUCAGUGGUGGUGUCUUUGCGUUUGCUGCCAAAGCUCUUUGGGACCUUCCAGCAGUUCGGCUCCAGCUACGACACUCAUUGGAUAACCAUGUGGGCGGAAAAGGAGCUGCACAUGAUGAAGCUCUUUUUUGAUGAUCUGUUACACUAUAUCCAGGAAGUGAGAGAGCAGCGCCACAAAUUCGCUUUGUACAGUCACAGCGCGGAGGUGCAGGUGCGUCUGCAGUUCCUCACCUGUGUGUUCUCAACGCUCGGAUCACCUGACCACUUCAGGUUGAGUCUGGAGCAGGUGGACAUCCUGUGGCACUGUUUAGUGGAGGACUCUGAGUGUUACGACGACGCCCUGCACUGGUUCCUAAACCAGGUCCGCAGUAAAGACCAGCACGCCAUGGGCAUGGAGACAUACAAACACCUCUUCCUGGAGAAGAUGCCUCAGCUGAAGCCGGAGAUGAUCAGCAUGACGGGACUCAAUCUGUUUCAGCAUCUGUGUAAUCUGGCUCGUCUGGCCACCAGCGCCUACGACAGCAGCUCCAACUGCGAGUUGUGUGGUAUGGAUCAGCUGUGGGGAAUCGCGCUGAGGGCUCAGUCUGCAGACAUCAGCCGCGCUGCCAUCCAGUACAUCAACUCCUAUUACAUCAGCGGUAAAACGGGUCUGGAGAAGGAGCAGGAGUUCAUCAGUAAGUGUAUGGAGAGCUUGAUGAUGGCGUCUGCUAACCUCGAGAAAGAUGCCCACUCCAGCCUGACCAUCAUAGAGAGAGGACUGCUGCUGCUCAAAACACACCUGGAGGCCUUCAGACGCAGGUUUGCGUAUCACCUGCGGCAGUGGCAGAUCGAGGGCACGGGCAUCAGCAGUCAUCUGAAAGCUCUCAGUGAUAAACAGUCUCUCCCGCUCAGGAUCGUGUGUCAGCCAGCAGGACUGCCUGACAAGAUGACCAUUGAGAUGUACGCCAGCGAUCAGGUGGCUGAUCUGAGGGCAGAGGUCACGCACUGGUAUGAGAACCUUCAGAAGGAUCAGCUCAGCCAGCAGGCACAGCUGCAGGAGUUCGGUCAGACCAGCCACCAGCAGGACUUCCCAGGUACAUGCACACAGAAAAUUAAUUGUAUGUAUGUAUAUCACGAGCUGACCACUGACUAUGAUGAGAAGACCCUUCGCGAGCUCGGCUUCAAGGACAUGCAGAUGGUGUUCGUGUCUCUGGGCGCUCCGCGGAGGGAGAGGAAGGGCGAGGGAGUCCAGCUGCCGGCGUCGUGUCUGCCGGCCCCUCAGAAGGAGCACAUCCCCAUGCUGCUGCUCCUGCAGGAGCCCCACCUCACCACCCUCUUCGACCUGCUGGAGAUGCUGGCCUGCUUCAAGCCGCCCGGCCCCGACAGACCCCAGCACAGCACUGAGAGUGUUCGCUGUGAGGAGCUGCACCUCCACGCGGAGAAUCUGUCCCGCCGAGUGUGGGAGCUGCUCAUGCUGCUGCCCACGUGUCCCAGCAUGCUCCAGGCCUUCCAGAACAUCUCCGAUGACACGGGAUCUGACGGUUUGUGCUGGAAGGAUCUGUUGAGGAUCAAGAGCCCUCAUAAGCUGCUCUACGCUUUAGAAAUCAUAGAGGCCCUCGGCAAACCCAACCGCAGGAUUCACCGCGAGUCUACGGGCAGUUACAGUGAUCUGUAUCCAGACUCUGACGACUCCAGUGAGGAACAGAUCGAGAACAGCAAGAACACUUGGAGUUGUAAGUUUGUGUCGUCUGGAGGUCUUCAGCUUCUGCUGGACAUUUUUAACUCUGCAAUUUUAGAGCCGAAAGAGCAAGAGUCCUGGACUGUGUGGUUGUUGGACUGUCUCGCGUGUCUGCUGAAGCUCAUUUGUCAGUUUGCGGUGGAUCCGGCCGAUCUGGACCUGGCCUAUCAUGAUGUUUUCGCCUGGUCUGGUCUCACGGACACACAGAGGAAGAGGGCGUGGCCAGGGAAGUCCCGCAAAGCCGCGGGGGAUCAUGGGAAGGGCCUGCAUAUACCUCGUCUCACAGAGGUUUUCCUAAGUCUUGUGCAAGGCACCAACCUCAUCCAGCGGCUCAUCAACGUGACCUACACAUACGACAAUCUGGCGCACAGGGUUUUGAAGGCCCAAUCAGAUCACAGAUCCAGACACGAGGUAACUCAUUACUCCAUGUGGCUGCUGGUGAGCUGGGCUCACUGCUGUUCUCUGGUGAAAUCCAGCCUGGCUGAUAGUGAACAUCUGCACGACUGGCUCAAGAAGCUCACGCUGCUCAUACCUGAGACGGCGGUGCGUCAGGAGGCGUGCAGUGGUCUGUAUAAGCUGUCUCUGUCAGGUCUGGAGGGGGGAGAAUCCAUCAAUAGAUCCUUCUUGCUGCUCGCUGCGUCCACACUGCUCAAGUUCCUGCCAGACGCACAGGCGCUUAAACCCCUGAGAGUGGAGGAUUUUGAGGAGGAGGCCAUGUUUCGCACCGGCUGUAAGGAGUAUUUCUGGCUGCUCUGUAAGCUCAUCGACAACAUCCAUGUGAAAGACACUAGUCAGACCACCCUGCUGGAUCUGGACGCUCUGGCGCGACACCUCGCCGACUGCAUCCGCAGUCGUGAGAUUUUGGACCAGCAGGACGGGGCAAUCGAGGACGACGGUCUGACGGGUCUCCUGCGUCUCGCCACCAGCGUCCUGAAGCACAAGCCUCCCUUUAAGUUUUCUCGGGAGGGUCAGGAGUUCCUCAGGGACACGUAUGACCUGCUGUUCCUGCUGCCCAGCCUGAAGGACCGACAGCAGCCCAAAUGCAAGAGUCCCACAGCCCGCGCCGCAGCCUAUGACCUGCUGGUGGAGGUGGUCAAGGGUUCGGUGGAGAACUACAGACUGCUGCACAACUGGGUCAUGUCGCAGCACAUGCAGGCAUCUCAUGCUCCAUAUAAAUGGGAUUACUGGCCCCAUGAUGACGUCCGAGCCGAGUGUCGUUUUGUGGGAUUGACUAACCUGGGCGCCACGUGUUACCUAGCCUCCACCAUCCAGCAGCUCUACAUGAUCCCAGAGGCCAGACAGGCCGUCUUUACCGCUAAAUAUUCAGAGGACAUUAAGCAUAAGACCACAUUGCUGGAGCUGCAAAAGUUGUUCACUUAUCUAAUGGAGAGCGAGAGGAAGGCGUACAACCCUCGUCCCUUCUGUAAGACCUACACGAUGGACAAACAGCCUCUGAACACAGGAGAGCAGAAAGACAUGACCGAGUUCUUCACAGACCUCAUCACCAAGAUAGAGGAGAUGUCUCAGGACCUGAAAAACACAGUCAAAACGCUGUUUGGAGGCGUCAUCACCAACAAUGUGGUUUCACUGGACUGUGAUCACGUGAGUCAGACGGCUGAGGAGUUUUACACAGUCAGAUGCCAGGUGGCUGAUAUGAAGAACAUCUAUAGAAUAUCUGAGUUACUUUUAAACACGCACUUUUCUUUCCCGCUGCGGCUCGACAUGACGCCGUACACCGAGGACUUCCUCAUGGCCAAAGGAGACAGGAAGGAAGGUUUCCGUGACGACAGUGAUUCCAAAGUGGCAGAGAGUUAUGAGUAUGACCUCAUCGGUGUGACGGUGCACACGGGCACGGCGGACGAUGUGUUUGUGAUUGUCAUUUUCUGUUGCAGGUAUCUGUUUAACGACGCUGAGGUGAAGCCGUUUGAUUCGGCCCAGCUGGCCUCAGAGUGUUUUGGUGGAGAGAUGACAACAAAAACAUAUGACUCUGUCACAGACAAGUUCAUGGAUUUCUCCUUUGAAAAGACCCACAGUGCCUACAUGCUGUUCUAUAAGAGAGUGGAGGUGGAGGAAGAGAAUGAGAAGGACUUGAACUUUGACAUUUCUCCUGACCUUCUGGAGUGGAUCUGGCACGACAACAUGCAGUUUCUCCAGGACAAGAACAUCUUUGAACACACAUACUUCGGUUUUAUGUGGCAGCUGUGCAGCAGUAUUCCCAGCACUUUAGUGGAUCCUAAAUCCGUGUCGCUCAUGACGGCUAAGCUCAGCACAUCGUUUGUUCUGGAGACAUUCAUCCACUCCAAAGAAAAGCCCACAAUGCUGCAGUGGAUUGAACUCUUGACCAAACAGUUUAACAAUAGCCAAGCUGCCUGCGAGUGGUUUUUGGAUCAGAUGGCAGAUGAUAACUGGUGGCCAAUGCAGAUUCUCAUCAAGUGUCCCAAUCAGAUUGUACGUCAGAUGUUUCAGAGGUUGUGUAUUCACGUGAUCCAGCGCCUCAGACCGGUCCACGCUCACCUGUACCUGCAGCCGGGCAUGGAGGACGGAUCUGAUGAUAUGGACGGGCCGGUGGAGGACAUCGGCAGCCGCUCCUGUGUGACGCGGUUCGUCAAAACGCUGCUGUCAAUCAUGGAGCACGGAGUGAAGCCGCACAGCAAACAUCUGACCGAAUACUUUGCCUUUCUAUACGAGUUUGCCAAAAUGGGAGAAGAGGAGAGUCAGUUCCUCUUAUCUUUGCAAGCCAUUUCUAUAAUGGUGCAUUUCUACAUAGGCACUAAAGGACCUGAAAAUCCUCAGGUGGAGGUGUUAUCUGAGGAGGAGGAGGGUGAGGAGGAUGAAGAGGAGGACAUCCUCUCACUGGCGGAGGAGAAGUACAGGCCGGCCGCUCUGGAGAAGAUGAUCGCUCUCAUAGCUCUGCUGGUGGAGCAGUCCAGAUCUGAGAGACACUUGACUCUGUCUCAGAGUGACAUGGCUGCGCUGACCGGAGGAAAAGGUUUCCCCUUCCUGUUCCAACACAUCCGAGACAGCAUCAACAUCAGACAGACUUGCAACCUCAUCUUCAGCCUCUGCAGAUACAACAACCGCCUGGCAGAACACAUCGUGUCAAUGCUGUUCACCUCCAUCGCUAAACUGACUCCAGAGGCGGCAAAUCCGUUCUUCAAGCUGCUGACGAUGCUGAUGGAGUUUGCUGCUGGUCCUCCGGGAAUGCCCUCGUUUGCGUCCUACAUCCUGCAGAGGAUCUGGGAGGUGAUCGAGUAUAACCCGUCUCAGUGUUUGGACUGGUUGGCCGUUCAGACUCCGCGUAAUAAGCUGGCUCACAGCUGGGUCCUGCAGAACAUGGAGAACUGGGUGGAGAGGUUUCUGCUGGCGCACAACUACCCACGAGUCCGAACAUCGGCGGCGUAUCUGCUGGUGUCUCUCAUCCCUAGCAACUCCUUCCGUCAGAUGUUCCGCUCCACGCGCUCUCUUCACAUCCCCACGCGGGACCUCCCACUGAGUCCCGACACCACCGUGGUUCUGCACCAGGUCUACAAUCUGCUCCUGGGCCUGCUGGGCCGGGCCAAGCUCUACGUGGACGUGCCGGUGCACGGGACCACCAAACUGGUGCAGUACUUCAGCUUCAUGACCUACUGCCUCAUCUCCAAAACCGAGAAGCUCAUGUUCUCCAGCUACUUCAUGGACCUCUGGAACCUCUUCCAACCAGUCUUAAGUCGCUGGGGUAUAUUUGUAGCAAUAGCCAAAAAUACAUUGUAUGGGUCAAUGGACUGCAGCGAGAACGUGCGUCUCAUCGUCCAAAACCCUGUCGUCACUAAAAACAUCGCCUUCAACUACAUCCUAGCCGAUCACGACGAUCAGGAGGUGGUGCUGUUCAACCGCGGGAUGCUUCCGGCGUACUACGCCAUCCUGCGCAUGUGCUGCGAGCAGUCGCCCGCCUUCACCCGCCAGCUGGCGUCUCACCAGAACAUACAGUGGGCCUUCAAAAACCUCACGCCCCACGCCAGCCAGUACCCAGGGGCGGUGGAGGAGUUGUUUAACCUGAUGCAGUUGUUUGUGGCUCAGAGGCCUGAUAUGAGAGAAGAAGAGCUGGAGGACGUGAAGCAGUUCAAGAAGACCACCAUCAGCUGUUACCUGCGCUGUCUGGAUGGGCGCUCCUGCUGGACCACUCUCAUCAGUGCCUUCCGUAUACUGCUGGAGAACGAUGAGGACAGACUGAUGGUGGUGUUCAACAGAGGACUCAUCCUCAUGACGGAGUCCUUCAACACCCUGCACAUGAUGUACCAUGAGGCCACUGCGUGUCACGUGACCGGUGAUCUGGUGGAGCUGCUGUCUAUUUUCCUGUCUGUUUUAAAGGCAAUGCGGCCCUACUUACAGCGCAAAGAUGUGAAGCAGGCGUUGAUCCAGUGGCAGGAGAGGAUUGAUUUCGCUCAUAAGCUGCUGACGCUGCUGAACUCUUACAGCCCACCAGAGCUGCGUAACACCUGUCUGGAUGUGCUGAAGGAGCUGGUGCUCUUGAGUCCUCAUGACUUCCUGCACACGCUCGUGCCCUUCCUGCAGCACAACCACUGCACCUACCACCACAGCAACAUCCCCAUGUCGUUUGGCCCGUAUCUGCCCUGUAGAGAGAAUAUCAAGCUGAUGGGCGGAAAGAACAACAUUCGUCCUCCCAGACCGGAGCUCAACAUGUGCCUGCUGCCCUCGAUGGUGGAGACCAGUAAGGGUAAGGAUGAGGUGUAUGACAGGAUGUUGUUGGACUACUUCCUGUCGUAUCAUCAGUUCAUUCACCUGCUCUGCAGAGUUGCCAUCAACUGUGAGAAGUUCACUGAGACUCUGGUGAAACUCAGUGUGCUGAUAGCAUAUGAAGGACUUCCUUUACACCUGGCUCUCUUUCCAAAACUAUGGACAGAACUCGCUCAGUCUCAGAGUACUUUGAAAGUGGAAGAGGAAGGCGUCACUCCAGUGAAGCGCCGGCGGGUGAGCAGCAGUGCUGAGGAUCGGCCGGCAGACAGCGUUUGCCCUCCAUCUACUUCCUCCUCAUUGGCUCCCUGCUCGGAGCAGAAGGCGGAGCCAGGGGAGGCGUUUACGCCAACCAGCACUUCGGACACUGAAACCCGAGACUCCUCCCUCAUCGACCCGGGAGUAGAAAACGACCCGCCCUCUCCCGACAGUGCGUCCCUCGAGGAGAAGAAAAUGGACGUUUCUUCGUCAUCGUCAUCCUCAUCUUCGUCAUCAUCCUCCUCCUUUCCCGAAGCGUUCGGCCGAACGGACGAACCUCCACCGCAGAUAGCUGGAAGAGAGGAGGAGGAAGAGGAGGAUGGGCGGAAGGAAAUGCAAGAGCAGGAGGCGGAGCCAGAGCGAGAGGAAGUGCCCUCCACUUCCUCCUCCUCUGCAGACUCGGUGCUUUUACUCUCCAGCCUGCCGGAUUCUGCUGAGGGGCGGAGCUGCUCGCUCCAGGAGGCGGAGUCAGGCGGAUGUGGCCAUGCCCCCGUGCAGGAUGCUCUGGAGAUGCUGUCGCGCACAGUUGAGGCCACUAUCGCUGUGGUUGCCAAACUUUCGAACGGGAAAGGAGGGACACGCCCCUCGGAUUUGUGA